AUGAGGCGCUUGCUCCAUCAUCGAGGCCGCAGGGAGGCUUGCGGGGUGGCGGCAGCCACCUUUUUGAACUCCCCCUGGCGUGGGUUUCAUAUCAGCCCUGAUAGUGUUUCCCCAGCGGAGAUGGACCAUCUUGAACAACGGUUGCCACCGAGGGAGCUUCUCAGCGAGCUCCGCUCCUCCGGCGCCUCCGUAAACGAGGGGGAGGAUAUACCGAUUCCUGGAGACUCCUUCGGAAUUAUGCGCAACCGUGUCGCGUUCUUCAAACCCAUUCCACGACAGGUAAUAGGGGGGCCUAUUGGGGGGCUCAUGCCGGAGGGAACACAUCCUUUGCAUUGCGUUAAUCCGGAUACCGUGCGAUUUUUAUGUGGCCGCUACGGGGUAUCGGAGGGUGAGGCGGUUGAGGCGAUGCGUGAGGUGGACUGUGACGUCAACAAGGCCAUCGAUCGGUUGAAGCGGGUGAAUAAUAUUGAGAGUGGCUCUAGGGGGUUUGGGGUUGUGUGUUUGGAGGCAUACGCGCCGGAGACUUUUUGCCUAGCUUCCUACAGUCUUCCUCGAUAUGAGUCGGUUUUCGAUGAUGAUGUGCUCGACGCGAUUCACGAACUGACGCUCUCUGCCGCUGAGAUUCCUCUUGACGUGCGACGCGAUAGGAUCAUCGACAAAUUGGUGAACGAUUGGACGAUUGAAGACGACACGCCAUGCAAAGACGUGCUGGAUGAGUACGACAUCGUCGUGAAGGAUAUCAUCCUACUGCCCUAUGGCGACUACAGCGUUCAGGGCUUCCACGUUCUACACCCUAUCAAGGCGGAUACCCCAAAUAUUGGAGUGGCGGCGGCGGCGUGCUGCAUGGAUUUGCGUACCGGUAUUCACAACCGAUUUCGCUUUCACGUUGAGCGUAUCGCAGACUCUAUCAGCGAGCACGUCCUGCAGGAAAUGAUUCACUACAAUCAGGGUGUGCAUCUUUUGCGACAACCGUAUUGGUUCCGGCCAGAGUACAGUGUCGAGGAGUUUAUUCGUUUUAAAGAAUCCUUGCUGCAGCCCAGCGCUUCAAUAUUCGAAAUGCGUUACGCCGCGCUUUUUAGCCUACAAUACGGCCUCAGUGGCUUCCGAAACAUGGUUGAGCUGGAAAAACUCAAGAUUACACAGCAUAAGCAUGAGAAGCACUACGAAGACUUUACAGCGCCAGGAAACUGGCUGACGAGUGACCGAUCGCAGCUGCAGAGCGUGGCCGCGGGCGGUGGCGGUUCUAAUGCCCCAGGCGGGGCUAUGCAUCUCCAAACUAAUGAGGCGAGUGCUGUAAAAAAUGCCAUGGAGACCCGCGUUGGUCCUCUGCGGCAUAACUUCGAAAAUUCCAUUCAAAAGCACGGGGAUCGUGUAUUUGCACGAUUUUAUCGCAACAAUUACCAUUAG